UGGACCCUAGGUGGAAACGGAUGUUGCAGUGUCAUUCCAUCCGUACCACUCUAAUUGAAAACUUGAAACCACUUCAGAACGAUCUUCUUAGUCGACUUUUUCGUGACGGGCUUCUUCCUGACCGGGAAACAAUACAGUUCAUUGCGUCAAAUGGCUCAGAAACGGCUAGUGCUACGAAACUUUUAGAUGUUCUUCAAAAACAAGGAGUCGGAUCGUUCGACAAGUUCUGUGACGCUUUACUACAAGCUAAUGACAGUUUAAACGAUCUACGUCCUCUAGAAAGGCUGCUCCGCCCAGGGCCCCGAGAAGAUUAUGACCCAAGCGGUCGAAACCAACUCAGCGGUCGAUUUUCCGGAACACAUGGAUCUAGUGAUGAUGAUGAUGCUGAUUCAUUGUACGAGAGAAAAUUCUUCAGACACAGGAGUCACGUUCCACCAGUUUCUACAUUUAUGGAGUCACCAUACCUCGUGAGAUUUCCAUCAGAAGUACAUACUUUUCACAACUACCAGACAUCUGUCGAAGCAAGAUCUGCUUUUGUAACACAGAGGAAAGGUAUGGAGGCAAAGGUUGUAGAGUUGCGAAAAGACAUCAAAGAUCUAGAGAAAUUGGGAGAAUCUCUAAGGAAGACAAAUGAAGCUCUUUUGCAGCAAAAUCAAAUUUUGGAGUUUAGUAUACAAACUCUGAAGAAAAUGCAUCAGAUAGAAAAUCAGACUGAACAACAACUACAGUUUCACACAACAACAGCAGAUAAGGAAGCACUACGACAGACUGUUGAUGACCAACGAAAACAAAGUGCUGCAACAGAGCAGAGACUUCAGGGUUAUUUGAGUGUUGCUGACACACCAUGUGUUGAAACUUCAGAAACACUUCAGCAAAAUGAAAGGAAGUUGGAGCAGUCCAAUUUUCCUGUUUGCUCAGAUGAGCAGACAUUUGAAAGAUCAUAUAUAUAUGAAGUGACCAUCGAUACUGCUGUUGAAGAUCUGCUCGGCAGUCUUCCUAGUUUGUGUAUAGUUGAAGUGUGCAAACUGGUAGACCAAACUGCAAGUUCAGAUGACUGGGAUUUUCUCUGUUCACAGUUAGUAGGUGGUUCAGUUGAUGAAGAGCUGCUUCUUCGGGAUACGGAAGAGAGUUCCACGCUGGCUCUCUUGAAUCGGUGGUGCAAUGAGAAGUUACGGUCUGAAGCAACAGUUCAGCACCUAAUUGAUGCACUGAAGUCAGCCAACAGAAAUGAUGCUGUUAUGGUCAUGGAGCAGUACUGCAAGCCUUCAAAUGACUCGGUAUCUCCAACUCUCAUUGGCCCCAAAUUCGAGAUGGAAAUAGAUGAAGUCAGAUCAAUUAAAUUAGACUUGGGAUAUGGGAAAUACAUCAAGCUACUUCAGACAUUAUCGGUCAAGCAAACAAUUGGAACACAAGGCGCUCUUCUAUGUGGCCCAAGAAGAGAGCAGUUUGUCGUAAUUCCUUCAUCAGCUUUGCAAAGUGACACAGAACUUGAAGCUCGAUUUUACGAUGUUACUGAAUCGGUUGGACUGGACAGCUCAAUGUUUGGGACGAGUAUGCUGGAGAUUAGUCCACAUGGAUUCGAGUUUAAAAAGCCUAUUGAGAUACUAAUGCGUCAUAAUCUGUUUGUUGAGGGUAGCAGCAGUAAGGUUACAGUUCUGUACAGCGGUGGUAAACCAACAGACAAUUAUGCCACUCCUCUUUGUCAGUUCACGUCAGUUAAUGAGACUGGUUUGGCUAAUGGCAUGACAAUGACUCUCUGGGAGGAUUUUAUCCAUAUUCAAUCUCCUCAUAUCUGUAGAUUUGGUCUGCUUUGUGAAGGCAAGUCUUAUAUUGUAGUGUGGGCAUUAUUGUUUACACUUAAAACCCCACACCCUGAACAGCUUGUUGUCGAGCUGUUUCUUACACCAAGACAACCCAAAGACUUUGAAGAAUUUAAAAGUGUUUGCUUACCUGGACCUGCAUUGGAAUUGAGGUGUAGCAAACUGCUUUUGAUAUCUUGCAAGGAAAGAGAAGAUCUGCAUAUUACUGUUGAGAUGCCUUUGAAUGCCAAUGGUUGGAAACCAAUGGGACAUUCAGACUUAAGACAGAGCAUUCCAUAUAAAGAUAUUCAAAAGUGGGUUGUAGAUGAUCAGUUACAUUUUAACACAUCGUUUGGUUUUACCAAAGAUAGAAUGUCAAAUAUUGAUGUGUUUCAUUUUGCACCUGUUUUUACAUUGAAUCGUGUUCGAUGCAUUCUUUCUCCUUCGAAUGUUCAAUCAACAUCUCAUUCAGUUGCAAUCCCAAUUGUUGGUCAACAAAACAAUGUUCCAGAAGGGUCUGCAAUUGUAAGGAAUGGUGUACAUGGUCUGACACCAAUGGAUGCCAGUCUAUCACAGACUCAAGAAAAUUCUACAAAUGAUUGUACUCAUGGUGAAUUUGUUUCAAACAACGAACAAGAGACUAAUGGCAUUGCCAGUACAGAGCUACCUGCUCGUACUGAACAUGGAUUAACUAACAGUGUUUAUCUGUCUCACAAUGGAGACACUGGAGGAUGUAGAUCUUUAUCUACUGCAUCAGCUGACUUGAGUGCAAGUUGCAGAUAUUGUAGCUUGGAAAGACCUGUUCUGGACAGUGACAUUGAAUUUAUUGCUGGGUAUGCACGUGUGGCUAAGAUGUCAUUGCUAUUGGGUUGGCUGAUGUUCCGACGCGAUGGCUACUCAAUUGAGAAUGUUAGAAACAAGAUUAUGAAAGACGUUAUGAAUGAACCAGACUGUGUGAAAGUUACUCAUAUGAUAGAAGAGUGGAGGCGCCUAAGAAAACAUGAAGCAACUGCAAAUGCAUUGGUAGAGGUCUGUUGUCAUCCUACAAUUGGUGGUGACAGGACUUACAUUGAAUGUUCACUCAAGUCACUUGCUUGUCCUCAUAGCCCAGUUUGUGAUGAGAGUGCAAUGAUAAGCAAGCUGGUUGAUCUUAAAGCAACAGCUCGACAAAAGGCUUCUGAGUUUGAGUUGUCUCAACUUGCAGAUACACUGAGAAAUUGCGCUAAACGUGGUCAACCUGGUAGUUUUUACAAGGGCUUUUCUGACAUUCCGGUUGCUGUCUACCAGGAGGUUUGCCUAUUGGCUGGUCACAGACCUUCAGCAUUAGGAGCCUAUCUAGGAGUCACUGAAGAGGACUUGACAACAAAGCCCAAGACUGACAUUCCAAGUGAAACAGUACAUAACAUUAUAGACAUAUGGAUUGGCAGGGAAGGGAGGGAAGCUUGUCUGGAGAAGCUGUUACAAGCGAUGGACAAUAUUGGGAGGCUGGGGGAACUCAAAGGAAAACUAGAACAGACAGUACAUGACCUGAUAUGAAAUAUAGUCAUACUACUGUGUUUCUAAUUUAGUUAGUUUUUAUUUCAUGUGUUUAUACUUAUUGGCUUUUUACUAUGGACUUAUAGUAUUGUUGAUUAGGAAAUUUUUCUGUUUAUUCUUAUCUUGUAGUGAGCUGGCUCGAUUUAUAGAUGAGA